AUGUCGCCAACCCUCCACCUCAUCCGAAUCUCCUUCCUCUUGACACCUACGCCUUUUGAUGGCAGUGGGAGCAGUGUGGGAGGUACCAUCAUCACUGCAAUGAGACACUUCCCACCUCCUGUCACCACCCACAAUAGCGAGGGACGACUGGACAUGACAGGUAAUGACACUGGUGUGGACACAGGUCUGGAGUCUUUCCACUGCAGAAGUUGGAGGCAUAACUGUAUGCCUGGUGGAGCCACGAGGGCGGAAGGAAGCAGUUGGAACAGCCGAAAUGGAUCACCUGGUGAUUUCGAUGUCAGUGUCAUUGACCAUCACGCACUGGAAUCAUGCAUUGACCAUCAUGUCUGCCUCACCAACUUUUUCAUUUGUAGACAGAAGAAAUUCAUCGAAUUGCAACAGCAUCGUUGUAGUCACAUGCCUGCGUCCCUGUCUGCGUCUGUCUCUGUCUCUACUUCCCCUUUUGUGAUUAAAUCGGAGCCAGGUCUCCUGCCUCGCAGCCCUUGGCCUGUGGCUAGUGGCAACGCCAGUCUGCACUGCAUGCAUGAUGGAAACGUCGUGAUGCCUACAGCAAGAAGUGAGGAGGGGGAGGAGGAUGACAACGACGACGACGACGACAAAAGAGGCGCCUCUUUCAAAUGCUCGCAUUAUUUGCUCUCGCAAGACCAUAUGUGGCAAGAAGUGUCCAAGGAGGUGGAAAGCACAACCGAUGCAGCGAAUUCGGCUGCCAGAUGGUGA